CUCAGAUGUUGGCCUCAGCUCCUAGGCUGAACUCGGCAGAUCGGCCCAUGAAAACUAAUGUAUUGAGACAAAGGAAAGGAGCCGUGAGAAAGCAACAUCUAUUCUCCUGGGCUUGGCAACAAGGAAGAGGACAGGUAGUGCAGACCCUGCAAUCUGAGAAGCAGACCGAAAGGUGACAAAAAACCUGAAGAUGGGUGGUGGAGAGAGGUAUAACAUUCCAGUCCCUCAACCUAGAAAUGUUACUAAGAACCAACAACAGCUCAGUAGACAGAAGACCGAGGAUCAGAAUUCCCAGAUGAAGAUUGUUCAUAAGAAAAAGGAAAGAGGACAUACUUACAACACAUCAGCAGCUGCAUGGCAGGCCAUGCAAAAUGGGGGGAAGAACAAAAACUUUUCAAAUAAUCAGAAUUGGGACUCUAGCUUGUCAAGUCCCACCUUACUUUUUAAGUCUCAAACUAGCCAGAACUACGCUGGAGCCAAAUUUAGUGAAGCACCAUCACCAAGUGUUCUUCCUAAACCACCGAGCCACUGGGUUCCUGUUUCCUUUAAUCCUUCUGAUAAGGAAAUAAUGACAUUUCAACUUAAAACUUUACUUAAAGUACAGGUAUAAUAGUACUAAUGUUCAAUGUUAUAUAUUUAAGGGUAAGUUGGUUUAAAACAUUCACUAGGGAAUUAAUUUGCAAAACUGAUUAAUGUAGAAAAUAACUUCUUGUGCACUGUGAUAAUGGGAAGUAACAGUGCAAAUUAAAAUAUUAAUAAUUGUAUUUUGUAUUAAUUAUUUUCAAUUGAGUAACUUAAACCAUUUAUGUUUGUGAAAUGGUGAAAGAAUAAAUUUUUUAUUAUUUUGGUGGCGAAAUACUGAAGACUAUCAUUUAUGAACCAGUAGAUUUACUUGUUGAAAGCCAGUGGAUGUUUUAAAAACGUCUACUAAGACUUAAGGACUGAAAAUGAGCUUAUUCCCAAAGCUUAAUAUCUUAGUCAUACCCAGACCAGUUACAAGCCAACAACCUGAUGCACUGCUGGAAGAAAAUGUGAAUUUUUCCUGAGAAUAGCUGUAUUUUAGUAAACUAUGGUAGCAAGUGUGAAAGGGUGCAUAGAAGCGAUUUAGACUAUACUCCGAUGAGCCUGCUUCUUGGAGUGGAAUUGGUGGGUGCUUGCCAACAGCACCAAAACCAUUCUUCAUAGAAACAGUAUUUGGUGAUCACUGAGUAGCUUUUGAAAUACGUUGUUG